AUGCCUACAGAAUCAAAUAAUUCCGGCGGCGGCAAUGUCCGUGUCGUCGUUCGGGUUCGAGGAUUCUUGCCGAGAGAGAUUGAGCGCGGCGCAGCCAACUUAAUUGAGAUGGAUCCGCGAAACCAAUCUACCACACUUCACCCGCCCCCGCCAGACUCGGCUAAGGCGAAUGCGAGGAAGGUGAUGGACAAGAAGGUUUUCACCUUCGACAAUUCGUUCUGGAGCUUUAACCGCCAUGAUGACCAUUACGCGGACCAAGAUGAUGUCUACGAUGCGCUUGGAGAGGAAUUUCUAGAUCACAACUUUGAGGGAUACCAUACUUGUAUUUUCGCAUACGGUCAAACUGGAGCUGGAAAGAGUUACUCGAUGAUGGGCACCCCCGAACACCCUGGUCUCAUUCCUCGUACUUGCCGAGACUUGUUCGAGCGUAUAGAAUCCAACAACUCGCCGAGCGUCAACUACUCCGUCCGUGUUUCGUACUUUGAGGUUUAUAAUGAGCACGUUCGUGACCUUUUGGUCCCCCGCAGGGACCCACCGUACUACCUUAAAGUCCGUGAAUCGCCUACGGAAGGUCCUUACAUCAAGGAUUUGACCGAGGUUCCAGUUAGAGGUAUUGCUGAGGUUCUUAAGUGGAUGAAGAUGGGGGAUAAUAGUAGAACGGUCGCCAGUACCAGGAUGAACGACACUAGUAGCAGAAGUCACGCAGUCUUUACGCUUGUGUUGAAACAAAUUCAUCAUGAUAUAGAUACCGACGAGACUACCGAGAGAGUUGCUAGAAUUAGACUUGUGGAUUUAGCAGGUUCUGAGAGAGCAAACUCUACAGGUGCAACAGGUGCUCGGUUGAGGGAAGGCUCCAAUAUCAAUAAAUCUCUUACCACGCUCGGGAGGGUCAUCGCGGCACUAGCAGAUGACCCUCCCCAAAAACGCGGAGGAAGGAAAAAGGAAGUUGUUCCAUACCGCGAUUCCAUCCUCACCUGGCUCCUGAAAGACUCGUUAGGCGGCAAUUCCAAAACUGCCAUGAUAGCGUGCAUCUCCCCGAGUGACUAUGACGAAACCCUCUCGACCCUCCGCUACGCCGACCAAGCCAAGCGCAUCCGCACCCGCGCCGUGGUGAACCAAGAUCACCUCUCCUCUGCCGAGCGUGAUGCCCAAAUCGCCGAAAUGCAGGAAACCAUCCGCGCGCUCCAGAUCUCUGUCUCACAGGUUGCCAUGACGAAGAAGCAAAACGACAUGCAGAGCGAGCAGCUGGAAAUCUACCAGACCGAGGUAGAUAAGAUGCAGCGCAAGAUGGAAGAGGCAAGGACCGUCGCCGAGUGCAAGAUCAAGGCACUGCAGACGCAGAACGAAGCGCUGAGACUGCAUUUGAGGCUCGCCGUUGAGAGCUUGAAGAAUCCGAUCCCAGCCGUCGUUCCGCCUAGCAGGCGGACUAGUAUUGGUGAAGAUUGGGAGGAGUAUAAUAGUGAUGCCCCUGACGAGGUUGGUGAUGGUAGUGACGAGGAUGGCAACGAAAGGGAUGAGAUGGAGGCUAGGCUUGAGGAUCUUCUCAAGGAUUUGGGGAUGUUCCGCCGGAAGGUUUCUGAUGAUAAGAGUCGGUUUCUGGGGGAUGCGUAUCUGAAGGAGAUUCACAUUAACUAGAUUAUGGAAACUGUAAUGAUUAUGCAUGACGGAUGAGUUGCUUGGUGAACGGAUGGAUGGAUGGACAACAAUGGCAGGCGUUUGUUGUUUU